AUGAUGCUCUCAUCCCUAUUGGUAGUGGCAGCUGCCGUUGCCCCGGUGUGGGCGGUUGAUCCCGUGAAGCCAAUGGCGGCCGGGCUCAUCAUGGAGGCCCUGGACCCCCGCGCCCUCCCGAACUCGCCUUCGGGAGGCUACGCACCCGCGAUCGUCGACUGCCCGUCCGCCCGUCCUACAAUCCGGUCCGCAUCGGCCCUGUCGCCGAACGAGACAGCAUGGCUCCCCCUUCGCCGCAAAGCCACAGUCGAACCCAUGCGCGAGUUCCUAACUCGCGUCAGCAUUCCCAACUUUGAUGCCGGUGCCUAUAUUGACCGUGUAAGCUCAUCAUCAUCGCAAUUGCCCAACAUCGCCCUUGCCGUGUCAGGUGGUGGGUACCGGGCCCUCAUGAACGGCGCCGGCUUCCUUGCUGCCGCAGACAGCCGGACCCCCAACUCGACAUCAUCUGGCCAGAUCGGUGGCCUCCUCCAGUCCGCCACUUACGUUGCCGGUCUUUCUGGCGGUGGAUGGCUCGUCGGCUCCAUCUUCACGAACAACUUCUCCUCCGUGGUCGACCUGCAGCGCGGCUCAAAGGGAUCCGCUGUCUGGAAAUUCGAUCGAUCUAUCUUCUCGGGCCCCAAAGAAUCCGGCCUCUCCAUCCUCAACACAGCCGAGUACUGGAGAGAUGUUGCCAAGCAAGUCGAUACCAAGGAUCAAGGCUUCGAGGUUUCCAUCACGGACUACUGGGGCCGCGCUCUCUCCUACCAGCUCAUCAACGCCACUGACGGCGGGCCGGCCUACACCUUCUCGUCCAUCGCCGACGAGCCCGACUUCCAGUCCGGCCAGCAGCCCUUCCCUAUCCUCGUCGCCGACGGCCGCGCCCCCAACGAGCGCAUCAUCUCUCUCAACGCUACCGUCUACGAGUUCAACCCCUUUGAGCUCGGCACCUGGGACAACACGGCCUACGGCUUCGCUCCCCUCCGCUACCUCGCCUCCAACUUCUCCGCCGGCCGCAUCCCGGACAACGGCUCCUGCGUCCGCGGCUUCGACCAGGCCGGCUUCGUCAUGGGCACCUCUUCCUCCCUCUUCAACCAGUUCAUGCUCCAGAACCUCUCCUCCGCCGGCCUGCCCGAUUUCAUCCAGUCCGCCCUGACCACCAUCCUCAACGUCCUGGACCAGGACAACAACGACAUCGCCCAAUACGUGCCCAACCCCUUUUACGGCUACAACCCGCGCACAAACGUAAACGCAAACCAGACCCAGCUCUCCCUCGUCGACGGCGGCGAAGACCUCCAAAACAUCCCCCUCCACCCCCUGAUCCAACCCAACCGCGCCGUCGACGUCAUCUUCGCCGUCGACUCCUCCGCCGACACAAACUACAACUGGCCCAACGGCACAGCCCUCCGCGCAACCUACGACCGCGUCGCCCAGCCCAUCGCAAACGGCACCCUCUUCCCCCCCGUCCCGGACGCAAACACCUUCAUUAACCUAGGCCUCAACCGCCGCCCGACGUUCUUUGGCUGCAACGCCUCAAACUUCACCCUCUCGGGCAACCAGCGCGUGCCUCCCUUGGUUGUUUACCUCCCCAACGCUCCCUACGUCGCACACUCCAACGUCUCGACUUUCGAUCCCAGCUACGAGCUCGACCAGCGCGACGCAAUCAUCCAAAACGGCUACGACUCGGCCACCCAGGGCAACGCGACCCUCGACGCCCAGUGGCCCGUCUGCGUCGCCUGCGCCGUGCUCUCUCGCAGCAUGGCGCGCUCCCGCGAGACCGUGCCCGACGCCUGCGCGCAGUGCUUCUCGCGGUACUGCUGGAACGGUACGCUCGAUACCCGCGAGGUGGACUAUAACCCCACCUUUGCGAUUGGCAACAUUGAGGCCAAUAGUCCCGCCGCGAGGACCGGUGUCAGUUUUGCGACUGGGGUGUUGAGUGCGGCGGCGGCGGCGCUGGUGCUGGCGAUCUAA